UCUUACAGCACAAAUUUUAAUAGAGCAAUGACAAGUUAAAAUGAGGGACAGUACAAAUUUAUCAAUCACAUCAUGAUUUGGAUGAAACUAACAUCAUUCACCAGAUGGUAACUUUUGGGACAGUCAGAUCAGAUCUCCCUGUGGCAUCCCCCUCUGCGUCAAACCGAAGGCACAAUAGAAAAGAAGCCCUCCCUCCACGCCAAAGAGCCCUAUAAAAGACCCCUCUCGCCCACCCAGACCACAAAACUCUCCACUCUCCUCUCAAGAGCACAUUUAGAGACACCAACCGAUCAAAUCAUGACUCCAAACAUUAUUACCGAAGCUCAUUCCCACUCAAUCGGUUCUCGAAUGACUGUAGCUCAGAGAAAAGAGGCACAUGAAUUGAGAAAGACUCUCAAGCCAUUGAUGGAAAAGAGAAGGCGGGCUCGCAUUAACGAGAGCCUCAAUCACCUAAAAACACUGAUACUCCCUCUGGUCGGCAAAGACGCUUCACGUUAUUCAAAGCUCGAGAAAGCUGACAUUCUCGAAAUGACUGUCCGGUUCCUCAAAGAUCUGCCUUCCUCAUCAGCUAAAGGUCAAACAGACAGCUAUAAAGAGGGCUAUAAAGCCUGUUUGCAGCGCAUCUCUGUGAUGCUUCCGCAGUCUAACCUUGGAACAGAAACCCGUCAGCGCGUUAACGAGUUCAUCCAGCACUCCAUGGUGUCUGCCACAUCGUCCUGCGAGAACUGCUGUGCUCAGAACUCCAGAAUGAUUUCACAAAUGCACCAGAGACGUGUGAGCUUGAGGAACAACAGCUCUACAAUGGAGAACCACUCCAUCAGUACCGCGUCAGCUCCCAGCCAACCUCAGCCUGCGCCACAGGCAGCUGUGGACAUGUGGAGACCGUGGUGACCAAACAAGCAACAGGAGGCUUCAGGGAAAUUAUUUAUAAUUAACUUUAUAUAUUAUUUAUCGAAUUUUCGUCGUAUUAAGUUUGAGUUGAAAUGUAAAGCCUGUGAUUGAGAUUAUGUGUAAUGUUUUUAGGUAUGUAUUACCUAAAAUAUGGCUACUUUGUAAAUGAAAGAGAGCCAGCGAGCACAGAUCAUGGAAGUAGUUGUAUUCUAUGAGCAUAACGUUAUGCAAUCCUCGUUGGGGUUUAAAUAUUAUGAGUUGUUAACAACACAAUUGUAAACCCCAAGGGUUAAAAUGUAUUUGUGAGGUUUGCACAACUGACUUUAUUUCAUUUGGUCUGUGCAAAGAAAUCGUAAACACUGUGUGUUAAUGACUAUUGGCAAAAUGAAUGUCCCUGAAGGAAACAUAAUCACAAAAAUGUUAUUG